GCCACACGAUUGGUUACGCUUUUCUGUAGUUUUACGGCACUAAGUGUAGAAUGUGAUUGACGUUUUAAUCUUCAUUUUUGCACGCUGAAUAGCGCACCAGCAGUUAAGGGUUUAAGUUAGUCGGAAAAGAGUGUCUGUGUUAAUCAAAUUUUAUUGUAUUUUUUGGGUAGUACAACAAUGGAGUUGCAAAUAGAGAGUAUGGAAGAUGUGGAGGAUGGCGAGAUCACUGAUUCGGAGUCCGACAGCGAUAUGAAAACGUUUGGGGCAUUGCAUCAACAAGCACCUGACCAGCCUCCUUCAUUGCAGAAAUCAGCUGAUUCAGUCUCUGCAUUGAAGGCUUUUGAAGUCCGUGAUGCUGCUGCUACAGUUGUCUCAAGCAAUGUAUAUCGCAGUACUACACAGGUGGUGUCAAGUGAAGAGAGUGACACAGAUUCUGAUAAUGAAGACAGAGCACUGUGGAAGAGAAAACGUCAGAAGUGUACCCACCACCCUAUUCCCAAACCUCUUGUGCCUUCUAUCCACACCUCCCAGAAAUUGGUGCCUGGCGGUCGAAAGGUGAACAACAUAUGGGGAUCUGUGUUGCAAGAACAAAAUCAAGACUCUGUGGCAACAGAACUUGGAAUCUUAGGCAUGGAAGGGAAUGUUGACAUGAACCACAGGCAGUCUGAAACAUACAAUUAUGUGCUGGCAAAGAAGCUGGCAGACCAGCAAAAUCGGAUGGAGAAAAUUGAGGAGACUGCUAAAUUGGACAAAGACCUUGAUAAUUAUAUGCAGAAGAGGCACACUAAUCUUAAGCGGAAAAGGGCCAUGAAAGAGAGGCUGGGUCCAAAUAUAAAGCAGGAAGAAAUGGAUUUUGAGGGAAGGUAUGCAAUCACAGAAGAAGAUUCAGAAGAAAAAGUGGCAGAUGAGAUUGCUCACAGGCUUCGAGAACAAAAGAAAGAUCUAAUAGCACGUGUGGUAAAGUUCCUUGGAAAGAAGAAAGCUAUUGAGCUUUUGAUGGAGACUGCUGAAAUUGAACAGAACGGUGGACUGUAUAUAGCGGAUGGUAGUCGGAGAAGAACACCAGGAGGGGUUUAUCUGAACUUACUGAAGAGCAGUUCAGGAAUUACAAGCCAGCAGUUCAAG